CUUUGAAGCCUCACAAGUGUAUCGAGCCAAGGCAACAGCUACUGUAACCAUGGUCGUCUUCUUCACAUCAAAAGCGGUCAGUCCGCCAGUCACCAUCUACAUGGGAAGAGACAAAGUAGAAAGUGGGCUAUGCUGUGGCUAGGUUUAUAGGAGGUUGCAAGGCUGAUAUGCUGUAGACGAGGAACUGUUACGAUACGGCCUUCCGACCGAUGUUUGGUUCCAUGUCGAGUGCGUCUCUCGAUCGACAGCAUCUAUAGUGCUACGAGGGAGCUUAAUCACUGAAUGAGUUUAUGAACAAUAGCAAAUUGUCAUCGGCACAUGUAUACCUACGGCAACCCGACGGUCAACCGCACGGUGAAUGGGACAAGCUACCGUCUGCUCUCGUGAACGACUUGGCCCAGCUGGUCAAGGCCAACAGUAUCGAAGGAAAUAAGAAGGACAACAUCACUGUCAUCUACACACCAUUCCCUAAUCUCAAAAAAACUGGAGACAUGCCCGUAGGCCAAGUCUCAUUCCACUCUGACAAAAAGGUCAAGCGAGCACAUGUACCGACACGAGACAAUGCCAUUGUCAAUAGACUCAACAAAACCAAGGUCGAAAAGGAGGUGGAUCACGAGGCGGAGCAUCAGGAGCGUCUGCGGCUGGAAGGCAGGAAGAAGAAGGCCAAUGCCAUUGAACGGACAAAGCAAGAGACAGAACAAAGAAAAGCUUGGGAAGAAGAAAAGAAGGCGAAAUCUUAUGACAAUCUCUACACUGACGAUGCUUUCGAGGAACAGGCUGCUGCCAGCGAUGACGAUUUCAUGUAAAACUCUUCCUCUGUGUCGCAUCUGACUUGCAUCAGAGCUGUACGCACAUAGAUAGGGACACCCAUUCUUAUCUAUUGCAUGCAUCAUCGUAUCAUGCCGUA